AUGCUGUGUCCGGGAGCGGAAGGGAAAUCGUGGGACAAACCGCUGGAGAAGUUCUGCGCUCGGGCGGCACAGUGGGCGUCCUUUCAUCUAGGCCUGUUCUACAAUAUUAGGGCGUUCUACAUGUACGUGCUCCCUGUGCUGUCAUUUGUAAUGCAGCUGGAGCCGGACAGCUACGACAUCACAGACUGCUUCAAUCAAGUCCUGCGUGCUCUUGCUCCUGGGCCGGUUUGCCAGGCCAUGGCAGACGACCUGCUGCACCUCGCGGACGGUUGCUAUUGGCCGAUGCAGUUCGUUGACCCGGCAUGGCUUUCAUUCUCGGCCAAGCUGCGGGUCGUUGAGAAGGUUGCGCCGGAUUGUAGCGCGCGCGGCGGAGCUGGCAGAUCUGCAGGUGGAGUGCGGGGGGCUGCCGUUCGGGCCGUGGCAUCUCAAAUGUUGUUUCUCUGUGCUUGCUCAGGCAGACUUGCGCGCCUCGGGACUAGGGGUGACGAGGUGGAGCAUUCGGGAGGCGUUGAGAGGGCAGCCAGGGUCGUCCUACCAGGCAGUUGCCUAGAAACUCAUCCGGCAAGCGGCUGA